UCGUCGUUAUCCCGAUAGGCGAGGGUGGGAGGUUUGGGCGUGCGGCUUUGCCUCGCCAGUGCUCGCUCACUGCCAAACCAUCUUUCUUUUAUCCACAGCAACUCAACAAGCCGCUUUGAUCUGCCACGGCCAUGGAGUUCCACGCCGACGAGGUAGUGAUUGGCUGCGACGCCUUCCGCAUUUACCGGAGCGGCAAGAUGGACCGCCUCCACCUCCACCUCCCGGCGCGCGUGCCCGCCGGCCUCGAUCCAGCCACCGGCGUCACGUCCAAGGACGUCGUCCUCGACGCCAGCACCGGCCUCUCCGCGCGCCUCUUCCUCCCCACCAGCCGCGGCGCGCGCGGCUCCUCCUCCGAAAAGCUCCCCAUCCUCGUCUUCUUCCACGGCGGCGCCUUCCUGAUCGAAUCCGCUGUCUCGCCGCUGUACCACGGCUACGUCGCGUCCCUCGCCGCCGCGGCCGGCGUCCUGGCCGUCUCCGUCGAGUACCGCCUCGCGCCCGAGCACCCGGUCCCCGCCGCCUACGACGACGCCUGGGGCGCGCUCCAGUGGGCCGCGUCGGCGCGCGACGAGUGGAUCGCCGAGCACGGGGACGUCGCCCGCCUCUUCCUCGCCGGCGACAGCGCCGGCGGCAACAUGGUGCACAACGUCCUGGUAAAGCUGGCCUCUUCCUCCCACCCGGCUGCGCCUAGGAUCGAAGGCGCGAUCCUCCUGCACCCAUGGUUCGGAGGGAACACGCCCGUCGAAGGGGAGGAUGCGACGAAGGCCAAGGAGAUGGCGAUGAUCUGGAGUUUCGCGUGCCCCGGCACGGCAGGCGGCGCGGACGACCCGCGGAUGAACCCGAUGGCGCCGGGCGCGCCGGCGCUGGAGAGCCUCCGGUGCGAGCGGAUGCUCGUGUGCGCCGGCGAGAAGGACUGGGCGGCGGCGCGGGACCUCGCGUACUACGCAGGCGUGGCCGCGAGCGCGUGGCCGGGGAGCACCGCGUGGUUCGAGUCGGAAGGGGAGGGGCACGUGUUCUUCCUCGAGAAGCCGGAGUGCACCAAGGCUAGGGAGCUCAUGGACCGCAUCGUCACGUUCGUCCACGGAUACCAAGCACCGAGCUUGAGUGCUGCGCGCAAUGGCGAUUCCUUUGAAGUUUGAAGCAAUUCUGAAUCCAUUUGCUAUCCGUAUCCAUUUGAUGUCGGCACUGGUUACAACCUUCAACUAAUUAAUCGGUGUGAUCAGUGAUCUUGUCAUGUUGCAGAGGAUGGAUUAGUGUAGGAACAAAAAGAAGAAAAAAGACGAAGUGUGCCGUGACCUCUAGAGUGGUUCUGGGCUCCUGUGUGUCUCAUGUUACGGGUGCUUCUUGAUGAUUAGAGGCAAAUCAAAAGAACCUAAGAGUGCUCGUGUUUGGUGCUGAUGUUUGCAGAUCCUCUUUAGUAGAUUGGUGCUGAUCUUUGCAGAGCACUCUUGUUUGCACUAUAUUAGGCAUCCGCAUCAAGAAUGAGUGAAUGGCAAAUCAAGCAGAUAAGCACUCUCGGUGCUGGUGUUUGCA